AUGGAGGCGCUUUACAGAAAGCUCUAUGAAAAAUACACAAGACUCGAGAAUGAUAAAGAAUCUCAGUUUGACAAGCUGAACCAUGAUCAAGAAGUGAAGUUCUUGAGUUUUGAAGCUGCUGCUGAUGAAAUGAUACAGUACUUGAAAAGUGAGAAUGACAAGCUGAAUGGACAAGUUGACCAAUUGAAAAGUGAUGUGGCUUCAAUCAGAACUUCAAGCGAGGAAAAACAUAGCCAGGACCAGAAGCUUUUGAUUGAACAGAACCAGAAGAUAAAGGAACUCUCCGAAGAAAUUGCAAGCCUUCAAAAGCUUGAACAUACUCAAUGCUCCCAAUGUACCAUCCCUGAAGAAAUUGGACAUGGGCAGGAGGCUUUACAUUAUGACUCUCCAUCUGAAGGAAUGAGCCGUAAUUCAGAUAGAAACCUAUUGAAAAAACGUAAGUCUGUGCUUGCUUGUGGAGUUACCGCCAGUCCUCCAGUCACUAUGAAGUUUGACCAUAUGGAAGAUCAACAUGUGCUUGGGAAAGUCGAUAACCCUCCAAUCCCCCUGCAUUUAUCUAAGCCUAUCUGUUGUGGAGAAAAGAUUUUAAGCAAACAUGGUGAUGCUACAGACACUAGCUCGGUUAACUGCCUGUAUUGGAAUCUUGUAGAGUUUGUGAUUGGCAUGAAAGUCUCCCCUAUUACUCAAAGUAGUGAUGAACUGUCUGUGUUGGCCCGUCAUCCAUCCACUGGCUAUUCCUUCAGCCUGACUUGGAUAAAAAAUUCACGAGGAGAAGUAGAAUUGCUGUACAAUGUGCUGUCGUUGGGGACAAUCGAGAGAGUCGCACACGAGUGGAUGAAGGAGAAAAUCAUCUUCAGCACAAGCAUGUGCCAUCUCUUUUUCGAGAGGGUUUCUCGUGUUAUUGACCAUUGA